CUCCUCCAAGCGCGGGGCCGCGGGGCUCGGAGCCACACACCCCCCGGAGUCCCCCGGGCAGCCUCCUCGCAGGAGCCUCUGGAUUUUGCAGCUCGGGGUGAGGCUGGCCAGAACGCUGUUUAUGGAGGAGGCAACCCAAAAAGCAGAGCAGCAGGCCCUGAAGCUGGCCGCGGCCAUCGGAGGAGGGGACGAGAAGAUGGCCCAGCAGUGUGCCCUCUGGCUGGCAGAGCGACGGAUCCCGCUCGCGGUGCAGGUGAAGGAAGAGGUUGACCCACAGCAAGACAUCAGGGUUGCCACUCUUGGAAUGUGGGAUUACAGCCGUUGGAGCCACUCCAGCCAGGCUGAAGUCUUCCUCCACUAUGGUUUCCCGCCCAGCGUUCAGCAGUGGGUGGUAGGGCAGAGGCUGCCUCGAGACCACGAGACCCUGCAGUACCACGGCAUCCAGAGGGACGGUGACGUGGCUUACCUCUAUCUCCGAUCGGCCAAGGCGGCAAAGCUGCGCAAAGACACCUUCCAACGGGAGCUCGAGCGGCGGCAGCUGGAAGAGCUCGGCAUUGAGGAGGCUGCCCUGCUGCCACGGGGGUCCACGGAAACAGCCGCCGCCCCGACUCCCAGAGGCCCUUCAGAGGCCUCGGAAUCUCAGAAGCAAAUGGAAGACCCGGCUGCAUCACUCCCUGCCAUGAACCCGAAGGUCGGCUGGGAGUGCCCGAUCUGCACUUUCGUCAACAAGCCCACCUGGCCGGGCUGCGAGAUGUGCUGCGCUGAGCGGCCCAAGGAUUAUGCCACGCCGGAUGGCUAUCAGCCGGACAAAGAGGAGCUGGUGCGGCUGCAGAAGGAGGAAGAAGCCAUGCGGAAGUACGAGCAGGCCAAAGAGCAACGGAAGCGCGACAACUACCAACAGCUCCUGCGGCUGGACGGGCAGAGCCUGGUGCUAUCUGUGGCAGAGGUGGACUGCCCCAUCUGCUUUGGGACCUUGGAGCCUGGGAAGGGCGUGACCCUGCGUGAGUGCCUGCACACCUUCUGCCAGGACUGCUUGAAAGGGACCAUCCUCAACAGCCAGGAACCGGAAGUCCGCUGCCCCUACAUAGACCCAAAGUACUCCUGCCCGGGACAGCUGCUGGAACGGGAGAUCAAAGCGCUCCUGAGCCCAGCGGAAUACCAGCGCUUCCUGGACCUGGGCAUCUCGGUGGCUGAGAAUCGUAGCCGCGGCAGCUACCACUGCAAGACCACAGACUGCCGGGGCUGGUGCUUCUUCGAGGACGACGUGAACGAGUUUCCGUGUCCCGUGUGCCUGAAGGUGAACUGCCUCCUUUGCAAGGCUAUUCACGAAAACAUGAACUGCAAACAGUACCAAGAUGAUCUCAGGAUCCGUGCGGAGAAUGAUCAGGCGGCGCGGCAGACCACAGAGAUGUUGAUG